AUGUGCAACGUCAACGCACUCGGAGUCUACGUGUGGGAGACGAUCGUUUUCUUCAGCCUGGCAGCCUCCAAAGAAGCUGAAGCAGCAGCACGAUCUGCCCCCAAACCCAUGUCUCCCUCUGAUUUCUUGGAUAAGCUGAUGGGACGAACUUCAGGAUAUGAUGCCAGGAUCAGGCCAAAUUUUAAAGGCCCACCAGUGAAUGUCAGCUGCAACAUUUUCAUCAACAGCUUUGGUUCGAUUGCAGAAACAACUAUGGAUUACAGGGUGAACAUCUUCCUGCGGCAGCAGUGGAACGACCCCCGGCUGGCAUACAAUGAAUACCCCGAUGACUCCUUGGACCUGGAUCCUUCCAUGCUAGACUCCAUCUGGAAGCCUGACUUGUUCUUUGCUAAUGAGAAAGGGGCCCAUUUCCAUGAGAUCACCACAGACAACAAGCUUCUGAGGAUCUCCAGAAAUGGCAAUGUCCUCUACAGCAUCAGGAUCACGCUGACUCUGGCCUGUCCCAUGGACCUGAAGAAUUUCCCCAUGGAUGUUCAGACCUGCAUCAUGCAAUUAGAGAGCUUUGGCUACACAAUGAAUGAUCUCAUAUUUGAGUGGCAGGAAAAAGGAGCCGUGCAAGUUGCUGAUGGGCUGACAUUGCCUCAGUUUAUCCUCAAAGAAGAAAAAGACUUGAGAUACUGCACAAAGCACUACAACACAGGCAAGUUCACCUGUAUAGAAGCUCGUUUCCACCUGGAGAGGCAGAUGGGUUAUUACUUGAUCCAGAUGUACAUCCCCAGCCUCCUUAUUGUCAUCCUGUCCUGGAUCUCCUUCUGGAUCAAUAUGGAUGCUGCACCUGCUCGUGUUGGCCUGGGUAUCACCACAGUGCUCACUAUGACCACACAGAGUUCUGGCUCCCGAGCAUCACUGCCCAAGGUGUCCUAUGUGAAGGCCAUAGACAUCUGGAUGGCUGUGUGCUUGCUGUUUGUGUUCUCUGCACUUCUGGAGUACGCGGCCGUCAACUUCGUGUCCCGGCAGCACAAAGAGCUGCUCAGGUUCAGAAGGAAGAGGAGGCACCAUAAGAGUCCCAUGCUGAAUCUGUUUCAGGAGGACGAAACUGGGGAGGGCAGGUUCAACUUCACUGCCUACGGGAUGGGACCAGCCUGCCUACAAGCCAAGGAUGGCAUUUCCGUCAAGGGGGCCAACAACAACAACACAGCCAACCCCGUCCCCCCGCCCUCCCGUUCCCCCGAGGAGAUGAGGAAGCUUUUCAUCCAGAGAGCCAAGAAAAUUGACAAGAUCUCCCGCAUAGGCUUCCCCAUGGCCUUCCUCAUCUUCAACAUUUUCUACUGGAUCAUCUACAAGAUCGUCCGCAGAGAGGAUGUGCACAAUCAUUAUGGGUUUGCUGAUCAAACAUUUUGUGACUUUUGGAUAGAGGAAAACAAAUAUAUUAUCUCUCUCAUCCUCAUCAGACAGCAUCCAAUGGGAAACCCAAGAAGGACAUCAGGGCUUUCAUCAGAAAUCACAGGGCUGCCUGCAUGGUGA